UGUACAUUAUAUAAAGUUUCAUAAAUUGGAAGCCGAUUUGUAAUUAAUGUGUUUAUUUCAUAAUUUCUGAAAUAUGGCGAAAUAUACUUUAAUCUAGACAACUUGAAAAGUAUUCGUUCUGGACAAUUUGAUCCACUUGCCAAAGUUAAGAUCAAAACCAUAAUUUAUGGAAACGGAUCCACUUUUAACCCAUUUUUAACAAAUUCUUCUAAAAAUAAAUUUUAAAAAACACAAAAAUAAAAUUUAUUAAAUUUCGGUUUCACAUCAUGGGUGGCAGUCAGUCACUCAUGGAUACAAAGGUUAACCUAACACUUCAAUCCAGAGAAGCGCAAAAAUUACAUUACAAAUGCUUAAAGGAGGAGGAAGAUGAGCGAAUGAAGGUCAAAUCUGCAAUAGAAUCCGAAAAUCCGGAAACCGCUAGAAUCCACGCCGCUAACUCAAUUUUUAAGAGGAACGAAGCAAUGAGAUUUUUAGAGCUUAAAUCAAGAUUAGAUAUUUUAACGGCACAAGUAGACUCUGCGAUAAGAACUCAAAGGUUAACUGAGGAAUUAAAAAAAGUGUUACCUCAAUUGAAUAGAUUUUUAAGGUACAAAAAACUCGAUUCAGUUGAUGUUAUAACGGAUUUUAAGAAAAUAUUCGAAAAUAUGGAUGUGAAUGAAUCACAAAUGAGCGAAAAUAUGAGUAAGGAUUCACCGUUCAAGCCGCCUCAGAGGGAGGUUGACGCCUUAAUUUCAAGGGUGGCACAGGAAUAUGAACUUGAUAUGACUGAAAUGCUCAAGAAAAUGAAAACGCAAAACGAGUCUAAACCUCAGUCAUACAAUAAGCCAAGUUUAUCAUAGAAGAACUUUAUUAUAUGUUUAAGCCAAUGUUUUUACACAUUGGAAAUGUAUCAAAGUUAAUGAGUUGAUAAUUCGUUGUACAAUUUUUAACAAUUUAAUUUUUUGGAUAAAA